AUGGUUGCCAUUCCGGAAGCUGACCCCGAUGAGGUCCUCGAGACAAAGCCCUUCAAGUUCGUCACUGCUGGCUACGAUGCUCGUUUCCCCCAGCAGAACCAGACCAAGCACUGCUGGCAGAACUAUGUCGACUACUACAAGUGUACCACUGCCAAGGGCGAGGACUUCCGCCCCUGCAAACAGUUCUACCACUCCUUCCGCUCUCUUUGCCCCAAGGCCUGGACCGAUCGUUGGGACGGUCAGCGUGAGGCCGGCAACUUCCCUGUCCACCUUGACAAGUAG